GGGGCACCGUGUCAGUUUUCUGAGGACCUUCUUAAAGCGGCGAUCAGAGAAAAUUUGCUGUUACGACUCAGGAAAGAGAACGUGUAGAUAAGAAUUUCGAAUUAUUGUUUGAGAAUAUUCCAACUGUGUAGUUAUUUCAAGUGACCCUAGUAUAGUCCGUUUUCAUAAAUCACUGCAACAAGUCGGCCGGUAUCAAAUUUGGUGGGUGGGCAUUACCCCAUUCCCCCAGCUAGUUAGCUGGCUAGCUAGCUGAAGCUGCUAGAUUAGCUAGCUAGCUGACAUACGUGAACUACAGGUCAAGCACUUUCACAUCCAGACGUCAUACCGGCGGAGUCAUUGCUUGGAUCAAAUCUGUGUUUCUGCCAUGGACGGUGAUGCUUGUGUUGAAGAGAAGAAUGGCGGCGAUGCUGCCGUGGACCCGGUUAAGAAAGAACCAGCAGCUACAACUCCACAUAGAUAUACCAAGGAGGAGCUUCUUGAUAUCAAAGAGCUACCAAUCUCCAAUGAAAGGCCAGACUGUCUGUCAGAGAAAUAUGACAGUGACGGUGUUUGGGACCCCGAGAAAUGGCACGCCUCACUGUAUCCAACAUCAGGUCGUAAUUCUCCAAUAGAAGGCUUUAAGAAGGAGCAUUUGGAGGACAGAGUUCCUCUGAAACGAAGAAUCCCAGAUCCUCGUGAGAGGUUAAAAGAGGACGACUUGGAUGUCAUACUGAGCCCACAGCGUCGCAGCUUUGGAGGUGGAUGCCAAGGCAAUGCUGCACCUGCACUCCACUCCUCCCGGCCAAUCAGUCCACUUGAAAAUAAGGAAAAUGAGACUCUCCGUUUAGGAGGGUCCCGAAGAAUUGGAAGUGGUCGUAUCAUUGCUGCCCGAGCCUUUGAAAGAGAAGCCCGCCUUGAGAAGGAAAGGGAACGGGAUGUCAGAGACUUCAAAGAUAAAAGAUUCAGGAGAGAGUUUGGAGACAAGCGUGUGUUUAGUGAACGGAGAAGGACUGACUCUUACGCAGAAGAGGAGCCAGAGUGGUUCUCUGGAGGUCCGACGAGCCAGUCUGAGACGAUUGAGCUCAUUGGAUUUGACGACAAGAUAUUGGAAGAUGAUAGACGAAAGUCCAGGCGCUCAAGAAAGAAGGCGGAGCCUCUGAAAGAAGAAUGUAACGGACAACCAGAGGAGAAAAGUGCGAGUCUGCAGUCUUCAGCCGAUCAAGAGGUUCCUCGCCCUGAUGUGCUGCCAGAGCAGUCCACUGGUGAUUUUGACUUCAAUGAAUUUUUCAAUCUGGAGAAGACCAUGCCAGGACUGGCGUCUAUGAUAGAGGAUGUUUUAGGGGAAGGUCCUGUGUCAGCAAGCCGCUUCAGUCAGUGGUUUUCCAGCAACUUGAGCCCUUCUGGUAGCCACUCCAGCAGUCUGAGGUCCACUCCGCAUGAGGAACUAGAAAAAUUAGCAGGGCUUGAAGCCCUUGGCACAUCCUCCAGCCAAGGUCCUGCUCCAUUUUUCACACCCAUUCAGUCAUCAGAGUCCAAGGAGAAGGUGGACAUACUGGAGUUGCUGCACAAGGCCAAAGUAGACUUGAAGCCUCUUCUCUCAACCCUGUCUCUGAACAAGGCUCGCCUACGGGAAAACUCUAACUCUGGAGCAGUGCUGUCCCUGGAAGAGGUGGAGGGGGGAAUGAAGGGCAUGAAACUGGCCUCAGAACCCCAAGUGCAAAAGGUACCACCUCCACGGAGAGGAAACGGGACGCCCUUCAUGGCUGAGCACUUAGAGGAAGCUUUAACAGGUGGUCCCAGUGCUCGUCCACGUGCACAUGACACUGAUAUGUCAGCCUUUAACAAACUGGUCAGCAGCAUGAAGGCAAGUGGAACUCUGCCAAAUCAUCCUAAAACCAACUCAAGCAAUCAACCUUCAGACCAAUCUGUGGCGGCACUGACUGAAGUUUCGAUGCCACCGCAGCAAACGAAAAACAUAUUCCAGGAGCUUUUGGGAGGGACUGCUCGUAGUCGCUCCCCAGUGCUACUUGGCAACCUUUUGGGCAACUCUGAGGUCUCUGCUCCUCCCAACUCUCUACCUGGCCUGCUGCACAAGGGUCCCUCACUACCUCUCUUCCCCCAGAGAUCACCCUCCCCCGACUACUUCAACAGUCGCUUGCAACAUCCAGCAGGCUUUCCUGUUGGUGCUCAGCCCAUGAUGCCUGAUCAAUAUGCUGACAUGCACAGGUCGAUCAGCCCGGCAUCUGCAGCCCAGCAUCAGAUGAGGAUGCUCUCAAUGCCAGUGAAUCAUGCAGAUCUUGAAGCGCUAGCAUUUCAACAGGAUCUUGCACUACAUGGCCAUCACCAAUUCCCCUCUGGCUACAACAGGCUGCCACAAGACAAAUCUUUUCGGAAUCGUCCGCAGCGUGUUAACCGCUCCCCUGGUCCAGGCUCACAGACUGCUGGAAGAAACUCACCAGGAAGCGCUGUCACCAGUAUGUUAUCGCCAUCAUUUACACCUACAUCAGUAAUCCGUAAAAUGUAUGCAACAAAAGAGAAAAGCAAAGAUGAUCCGUCAAGCCGAUUCGAGUCCAAAGAGGAGGCAGCAGCGCACUCUCAAGAUGAGAACAAUUCCCCCAGUUUACACCUGGAAGCAACCGAAGGCAAUGGUGCCCAGUCUAGUGGGGUAAAGUCCUUGUCACAGACCUUGCCGAGCAAAGACCAAGAGCGACUCAGGCCACUUUCUACCGGACAUCACACACCCACCACGGCACCACCAGGACCAUCCUCGACGUUCCCGCGUUCCAUCUACCCGGUACCGCUGCUAUCCCACGUACCAAUAGUCCGCCCGCCUCCUCAGCUCCACCCCAGUGUGGUUCAACGAAUGCUGGCACAGGGAAUCCAACCCCAACAGCUUGCCCCAGCAUUGGUCCAAGCAGGAAUAUAUCCGCCACAUGUUGAACUUGCGCAACUUCAAGGCUUGCCUCCAACAAUACUGGGCCAAACCCUGUACCCUCUCAGUGCAACGGCAGGCCAUCCGCUUCUACCUCCCAGAGCAAACAAUCACAUGCAGCUGGCAGUAAUGCAGCAGCAACUUCAGCAGCAGAGACAAAUAAAUCAGAGCGUCCCAGGGGCACUGUCUCAGAACCAAGGACCCCAUCGGACAAAUGGCCCCCAGCGACACACCAGUCCCCCUCCAGGCCUGGCCAAGUGGUUUGGAUCCGAUGUGCUGGAACAGCAACUGCCCUCCAUGCCGGCCAAGGUCAUUAGUGUAGAUGAGUUGGAGUUCCGGCCCUGAGGAACUUGAUUCUGAGCUGGACUGUGAAAUAUAUUUUCCCCUUAUCUCACUGAUUGAUGCAUUUAAAUGUGAACUUUAAUUUGAAGCCACAGCACACACCUGGACAGUUCUCUUGACUUCAACCUUUAGGUCAAAGCUCUUAAAGAAAAGUAAGCCAGUCAAUGGAGAUGUUACUGCAGCUAUGUUUUUCUUUGUCCCCCGACCUUCAUUUUUUGUCCCUCUUUUUCUAUUGGACUACCGGUAGUAGUAAAUUUUGGAGUAAGUUAUGUAUAUUCACGAUUGUACAGAUGAUGGGAACUUAUCUUAGUCCCCAUGUAUAUAGCAAUGGUUUCUUUUUCUAGGUAUAGGGGAAGUGAAAUUAUGACGUAUAAAUGCUGUUAGACGGUCACUAAGAGCUCGUAGCACUCCUCCUUGUAGACUGGUUUUCCUCGUGAACUGCACUGAGAGUUACCGCAAGAGAUGGAUGGGGAGGUUUGUCGUCUACUCUUCCCUUGCUGGUGGCUCAGUUCGAUAGUUGUGGCGAGCAGGAUCAUUUCAAGACUACUCCAAGGGACUGCUGGUUGUGCCUUCUGUGUAUUUGUUUUGUUUUGAACUGUAUCCUAUACUCUCCAAACUGCCACAAGAGGAGGCAGUCUUGACAUUCCUGGAGGUGUCUGGAUUCAGUUUUUUGUGCUAUUAAGUUAUAAAGCACAGAUAGAAUGAAUAAAAAUUGUGACAAACGGUA